AUGGAACCCAAAGGCAAGAAUGAAAUUGAGUCUCAAGCUCAGAUAGAACCUGAAACUGUGGCACUCCAGGAAAUAUGCUUCGUUCUUCUUUCUGGCUGCAUACGGUCUUCUUCCUCCUAUAGUAGACAUGACAGAACUGCUGUAUUUGUCCUUUCUUCAACAGUGCAAAUUCAAGUGGAGGAAAAAGAAGAUGACACAGAAGAAAGUUCAAGUGAAGAGGAAGAGGAGGAGGAAGAUAAACUACCUCGAAGGGAGAGCUUGAGACCAAAGAGGAAACGGACCAGAGAUGUUAUCAAUGAGGAUGACCCGGAACCUGAACCAGAGGAUGAAGAAACAAGGAAGGCCAGAGAGAAGGAGAGAAGGAGGAGGCUGAAAAGAGGAGCGGAAGAAGAAGAAGAAAUUAAUGAAGAGGAAUUGGAAAGACUGAAGGCAGAGUUAGAUGAGAAAAAACAAAUGAUUGCUACUGUCAAAUGCAAGCCUUGGAAAAUGGAGAAGAAAAUUGAAGUUCUCAAGGAAGCAAAAAAAUUUGUGAGUGAAAAUGAAGGAGCCCUUGGGAAAGGGAAAGGAAAGCGGUGGUUUGCAUUUAAGAUGAUGAUGGCCAAGAAAUGGGCAAAAUUUCUUCGUGAUUUUGAAAACUUCAAAGCCGCCUGCAUCCCAUGGGAAAACAAAAUCAAGGCAAUUGAAAGUCAGUUUGGCUCCUCCGUGGCCUCGUACUUCCUCUUCUUGAGAUGGAUGUAUGGAGUAAACAUGGUUCUCUUCAUCCUGACAUUCAGCCUCAUCAUGCUGCCAGAGUACCUCUGGGGUUUGCCAUAUGGCAGUUUACCUAGGAAAACAGUUCCCAGAGCUGAAGAGGCAUCUGCGGCAAACUUUGGUGUGUUGUACGACUUCAGUGGCUUGGCGCAAUAUUCUGUCCUCUUUUAUGGCUAUUAUGACAAUAAACGAACAAUUGGAUGGAUGAAUUUCAGGCUGCCGCUCUCCUAUUUUCUGGUGGGGAUCAUGUGCAUUGGAUACAGCUUUCUGGUUGUCCUUAAAGCGAUGACCAAAAAUAUCGGGGAUGAUGGGGGUGGUGAUGACAAUACAUUCAACUUCAGCUGGAAGGUAUUCACAAGCUGGGACUACCUGAUUGGCAAUCCGGAAACAGCAGACAACAAAUUCAAUUCUAUCACCAUGAACUUUAAGGAAGCAAUCAUAGAGGAAAGAGCAGCCCAAGUAGAAGAAAACGUCCACUUGAUCCGAUUCCUGAGGUUUCUUGCUAACUUCUUCGUGUUUCUAACACUUGGCGGGAGUGGAUACCUCAUCUUCUGGGCUGUGAAGCGAUCCCAGGAAUUUGCACAGCAAGAUCCUGACACCCUUGGGUGGUGGGAAAAGAAUGAAAUGAACAUGGUCAUGUCCCUUCUGGGGAUGUUCUGUCCAACACUGUUUGACUUAUUUGCUGAAUUGGAAGACUACCAUCCCCUCAUUGCUCUGAAAUGGCUACUGGGACGCAUUUUUGCUCUACUUUUAGGCAACUUGUAUGUAUUUAUUCUUGCCUUGAUGGAUGAGAUUAACAACAAGAUUGAAGAGGAGAAGCUGGUAAAGGCCAAUAUUACCCUCUGGGAAGCCAACAUGAUCAAGGCCUACAAUGCAUCACUCACGGGAAAUAGCACUGGGCCACCUUUUUUUGUGCAUCCUGCAGAUGUACCUCGAGGACCCUGCUGGGAAACAAUGGUGGGGCAGGAAUUUGUGCGGCUGACCGUUUCUGAUGUUCUGACCACUUAUGUCACAAUCCUCAUUGGAGACUUUCUCCGGGCAUGUUUUGUGAGGUUUUGCAAUUAUUGCUGGUGCUGGGAUUUGGAAUAUGGAUAUCCCUCAUACACUGAAUUUGACAUCAGCGGCAAUGUCCUCGCUCUGAUCUUCAACCAAGGCAUGAUCUGGAUGGGCUCCUUCUUCGCCCCCAGCCUCCCAGGAAUCAAUAUCCUUCGACUCCACACCUCCAUGUACUUCCAGUGCUGGGCCGUGAUGUGUUGCAACGUUCCUGAGGCCAGGGUGUUCAAAGCUUCCAGAUCAAAUAACUUCUACCUGGGCAUGCUACUGCUCAUCCUCUUCCUGUCCACCAUGCCCGUCCUAUACAUGAUUGUAUCGCUCCCGCCAUCUUUUGAUUGUGGCCCGUUCAGUGGUAAAAAUAGGAUGUUCGAAGUCAUUGGAGAAACCCUGGAGCAGGAUUUCCCAAGCUGGAUGGCAAAGAUCUUGAGACAGCUUUCUAAUCCUGGACUGGUCAUCGCUAUCAUUUUGGUUAUGGUCUUGACCAUUUAUUAUCUCAAUGCUACUGCAAAGGGCCAGAAGACAGCAAAUCUGGAUCUAAAAAAGAAGAUGAAACAGCAAGCUUUGGAGAACAAAAUACGCAACAAGAAAAUGGCGGCUGCCCGAGCAGAUUCCACAUAUAAGUGA